CCUCGCGUCGCUCUCCAAUAAAAUAUAUUAUUAAAAAAAUAAUUUUUGUCUAUUGCUUUUUUUGGCGGGUUUUCGUGAAAUGUUCGCGGAAUAGUUAGGUUAUUAGAAGUGAAAUAAUUAUUUCGAAAUGUUGGAUUAAAUAUAACAAUGAGUCUAAUGUUAAACGAUAAGGGUGGUUUAUUUCAACACGGACCGUAAUUAGUGUGGAAGCAAUGCAAUUUCCAAGUAAUGAGGAGGACGACUUACAAUAUCGGAUUUUUGGCGAAUCCUUCAGCUUUCCUGUGGAAGGGAGUAGCUUGGCAAACUCGCAAAAUGCAAACGCCGGCCGCUGUAGAAAACGUAGCGGCUAUGAUUCAGAGUCUAGCGAGUAUUCAGAGGACUCAGCGGCGGCAUAUGAGGAUGUCUCGACUACAACCAAAAGCACUGGGCCGCGGAAGAAUAUCAAUAGGGGAAGGUGGACGAAGGAGGAGGACAAAAGAUUAAAAGCGUACGUGAAGAUGUACAGCGAGAACUGGGAUCUGAUCGCGACCCAGUUCACAGACAGAUCUGACGUGCAGUGUCAACAGCGCUGGACGAAGGUUGUCAACCCGGAGCUAGUCAAAGGACCUUGGACCAAGGAGGAAGAUGAAAAGGUGAUGGAAUUAGUUGCGAAGUAUGGACCGAAGAAAUGGACGCUUAUUGCGCGACAUCUUAGAGGCAGGAUAGGGAAACAAUGCAGAGAGCGCUGGCACAACCACCUAAACCCGUCAAUAAAGAAAACGGCAUGGACUGAACACGAGGACCGAGUGAUAUAUCAAGCGCACAAACAGCUUGGCAACCAAUGGGCCAAGAUCGCCAAAUUACUGCCCGGCAGAACGGACAACGCAAUAAAGAACCACUGGAACUCGACAAUGCGGCGCAAGUACGAGCCAGAAAUACUGGACAGCUUCGAGCAUCUUCGACGCAAACAACAACGGGUAAAGCGGCCAGAAGUAGUACAGUACAGUAGCGAACUCAAAGUCCAGGUCGCUUAUAACGAUUCCUGGAAUAAUGACACCUUCAACGAUUCAACAAUAAGCAACUCAUCGAAUACAAGCAACCCUCCAUCGAAGCAAGUCUUGCACUUCAGACAGCUGUUAAAAGAUCAGCUGAGCAACAUUAAGCAAACUACAAGGCCCAAGUCACCUGAUAGAGGCGGACUGGUAGCCGCGGACACAGUUGAAAUCAUCGAAUCGCCGUAUAAAUACGUAAACGUAGAGUCUUUGCCGUCAAAUUCUCCAAUUAAGAACUAUUUGGCACGUGUGGCUAUGGGAGAAAAUAGCAAUAAUAGUACAGUAUCAUACAACCAAGAGAAGGAUCUCAACGUCCCCUCAUACACGUCUCCCCGUAAGAAACUCGAAGCCAAUACAAGUAACAGUCCUCCUCCCAUUCUGCGCCGCAAGAAUAAGAAGACUCCGCUUAUAGCAGCCAACCCAAAUUCUUGGAACGAAACAAUAACAAAAGCGCUGCAAUCAACGGAGACAGGCAUAACACCGAUAAAGGCAUUGCCGUUCAGCCCAUCGCAGUUCCUCAACUCGCCUGCUGGAGUGUCCUUUGACACCACGCCUUUGAGACAAGCGCAAGCACAGGCUGCUAAGGAAUGGGGCGCGAGUCCAUUACUGCACACGCCUACCCCUGCCACUAGUCUCACGCCGGGUAAUCAACUGGGGAAGAACACGCCAAAAACCCCAACGCCCUUUAAAAUCGCAAUGGCUGAGCUGGGCAAGAAGUCCGGCCUUCGGUAUGAACCAUCCAGUCCCGGGCUAUUGGUAGAAGAUAUAACAGAAAUGAUACAACGAGAAGAAUCGGACAGUACUGUGCAGUUUAGUGACUCUCUGCUGUCGGGUAAUGCAGAACAGGAAGGCGCUAAUGUACAGGUCAACGACUCGGGCAUCGGCAGCCUGAAGCGACGCGUGUCCGAGUCCUCCCAGCAAGGCAAAGAGAACAUGCCUGCCCACAAGCGCGCCAGGAAGGCCCUCGCAAACAGCUGGGGCGCCGCCACCAGCACGCCUCAUUCGCAACACCAGACCAUGGUGCCAGACGUGUCGUCGUUCAUUGUCGAGACUCCGAGCAAAACAUUGGCGGGUGACAGUUCAGUAAUGUUUUCACCCCCGUCAAUCGUCAAGCAUUCCCUUCUAGAAGAAUCCACAAGUCUCCACAGCCUAGUGAGCGCAGAAAACACGCCAGAGAACAUCAAAACCUAUGAAGAAAUCGACAUUGAAACUGUCAUCAGUGAAAAAACCAAGGUACAACACGGCGUCCUUACUAAUCCCUUACCUAGCCAUCCUGUGUAUGAAAUCUACGAACCUAACCAAGAACUACCUUCUAACGUAUUUAGGGACAUAACAAAUCUCGAAAAUUCUAGAAGUUUCGCGCGACUAAACGCUGAUAGACUCCGAACAAUUGCUUCGAUAAACGAAUUAGGAUGUGAUUCGAAUUUAAUUGCGCCUAAAGAAGUAUUAGCCAAUGCGCUAGCAGAUCAUAUUUAUAAAGUAACCAAUCAGAAACCUUCUACAUCACGUAUUGACGAAAUUCUAACUAAUAAAAUCAUUAACACCAAUGCUAAUAAAACUAAUAAUGAAAUAGAGUAUCAAAAAGAAAAUCAAUGGUGGCCGGUGGAAAAUAAAGAUUCGGGUACGGAAGAUUUAUUUUCGAGUGAUUAUUAUAUGUUUGCUAAUAAUUAUGUUGAAUGAUAAAUUUUCUACACUUACUAAGAAUUUAUUUCAUUAGAUAACACCGAAAACUUCAUUGGCAAGUUAAUAUUUUUUGUAAAAAUGUAGAGAUUUUGAUCUUCUAGUGACCGAUCAUUCAUAAAUUUAUGAUUUCACAAAUCUUUAAUAUCGAAUGAUUGUUAAGGUCCUCGUAGACAGUUUGCCUUGAAGAAAAAAAUUAUUGUGCAACGAUGUUUUUAGUCCUUGAGUUCUACUUAUAGGCUUUUAGAUUUCGUUGAAACUACUUGUAACUCCCAGGAUGAGUAAUUUUUUUUUCAAUAAUUUGAAUAACUGCCUUUUAUAUUGUUGUAAUAAACCCAUUUCGUACAAAUUUUACAUCAUCUUUGUACUUUUGUACAGAUUUUAGUGACAGGGUAGAUUCUGGCAUUGCCUUAAUUUCGAUUAUAUAUUAUUUUAAAACAUUUUUCAUUUUGACUGACCCUAAAUGGACGAAGUCCUUUUGUUUAGAUAUUCUAAUGAGAAGACACUGUGAAAUGGGAAGCAUUGAAUGUAAAAAAUUUCGU